AUGUUUGGCGCCGCGCUCGACGUUGGAAUCGUGGCCCUCGCCCUCCCGAUGCACCAGUACCGCCGCGAGCUAAAGGAGCACUUCUUCGUCAUUCUCGUUCCGUCUGUGGCGCUGGCCGUGGGCUCGCUGUUCGCGUACCCGGCGGCCUGCUACGCCAUUGGCAUAGGCGCUGAGCGAUCCCUCUCCAUGGCCUCGCGGAGCUUGACGGUCGCCUUGGCCAUUCCCGCUGCGGAGAACCUCGGUGGGGAUGUCGGCGCCGCGGCGGCCGUGGCGGUCAUGAGCGGUAUCCUUGGCGUUCUUGUUGGGCAGCGGAUGCUCAACUGGAUGAGGGUCCCAAAAGAGGAUUACAUCACCCGCGGCAUUACACUUGGCGCAAACUCGUCUGCCAUCAUCACCGCUCUCCUUUUACAGUCCGAUCCUCGCGCGGCCGCCAUGUCGAGCCUGUCGAUGAGUCUCUUGGGCACCAUCACCGUGUCACUAACUUCGGUGCCGCCCGUCGUGGCGGCAAUCAAGUCCCUUGUCCUGUGGGCGAAACUGAAGCGUGAGGUUUUAGCACUGCUUCGGCCCUUUCCCGAUUCAUUCAAUCCUAAUCCGUCGCUUGCGUCUUGCAUCCUGAUUUUCAUCAUGUCUCUUGAAGGAAAAGUAGCCCUUGUCACUGGGGGCACCAAGAACCUCGGUGCCGAGAUUGCCCGCCAGCUGGCAGGCCAGGGCGCCCAUCUCGCCCUCCACUACAACACCCCGAGCUCCAAGACGGACGGCGACAAACUCACAGCUGAGCUGAAAAGCUCCUUCCCGGCGUCCAAGGUCGCUCUCUACCAGGGUGAUUUGACGACCAAAGAGGCCGUGGAUGAUCUCUUCGCCUCGGUGAAGAAGGACUUUGGCCAGGUCGAUAUUGUGGUCAACACGAUCGGCAAGGUCCUCAAGAAGCCCAUCACGGAGAUCUCUGAAGCAGAGUACGAUGAGAUGUUUGCCGUGAACUCGAAAUCGGCCUUCUUCAUUUUGCAGGCGGGCGCGAAAAACGUGGCGGAUGGCGGCAAGAUCAUUACCAUCGUGACCUCGCUCCUUGCGGCCUUCACAGGCUUCUACACCUCUUAUGCCGGAUCAAAGGCCCCAGUUGAGCACUUCACUAGGGGCGUAGCCAAGGAACUUCAAGAUCGGAAGAUCAGCGUCAAUGCGAUUGCCCCCGGGCCCAUGGACACACAGUCCGACGAAGCGGUGGCGUACCACAAGAGCCAGGGAAUGGGCGGCCGACUGACAGAAGUCCAAGACAUUGCUCCUAUUGUCAAGUUCCUCUGCACCGAAGGCCGGUGGAUUACUGGCCAAACUCUUUUUGCCAACGGAGGCUAUACCACGCGAUAA